AGAAUCUUAGAGCUUGAGGGAACGGGCUGUUGGGUGCAUUAGCAGAGAAUUGCUUGUGCAUCCUACACUCAAACCAGAGCUGUGCUCCACAUCUGAAAAAGUUUGGGCAAAUAAACUGACGUGAUGGGAAGCGGACUUAGUUCAGAGAGUAAAGAGUCAGCCAAAAGAUCAAAAGAACUAGAGAAAAAGCUUCAGGAAGAUGCUGAGCGAGAUGCAAGAACUGUAAAGUUGCUGUUAUUAGGAGCUGGAGAAUCUGGAAAAAGUACUAUCGUUAAACAAAUGAAGAUCAUCCACAAGAAUGGUUACAGUGAGCAAGAAUGCAUGGAGUUCAAAGCAGUAAUUUUCAGUAAUACAUUGCAAUCUAUCCUAGCUAUUGUGAAAGCCAUGACUACCCUUGGGAUUGAUUAUGAAAAUUCUAGAAGUGCAGAAGACCAGCGACAACUUUGCGCAAUGGCAAAUACCAUAGAAGAUGGCACAAUGACGCCUGAACUGGCGGAGGUAAUAAAACGGCUGUGGGCAGAUCCAGGAAUUCAGACCUGCUUCGAAAGGUCGUCAGAAUAUCAGCUCCAUGACUCCGCAGCUUACUACCUUAAUGAUUUGAACAGAAUAACAGUUCCUGGAUAUGUCCCAAAUGAGCAAGAUGUUCUACAUUCCCGAGUGAAAACAACUGGAAUUAUCGAAACUCAAUUCUCCUUUAAAGACCUGCAUUUCAGAAUGUUCGAUGUAGGUGGACAGAGAUCUGAGAGAAAGAAAUGGAUUCACUGCUUCGAAGGAGUUACAUGCAUUAUAUUCUGUGCAGCACUUAGUGCCUAUGACACGGUCCUAGUGGAAGACGAAGAAGUGAACAGAAUGCAUGAAAGCCUUCACCUGUUCAACAGUAUCUGUAAUCACAAGUACUUUGCAACCACCUCCAUUGUCCUGUUUCUCAACAAAAAAGAUCUCUUUCAAGAAAAAGUAACCAAAGUUCAUCUUAGUAUCUGUUUUCCAGAGUACACUGGGCCAAAUACAUUUGAAGAUGCAGGGAACUACAUCAAAAAUCAGUUUCUAGACCUGAAUUUAAGAAAAGAAGAUAAGGAAAUUUAUUCUCACAUGACCUGUGCUACAGAUACCCAAAAUGUCAAGUUCGUGUUUGAUGCAGUUACAGAUAUAAUAAUCAAAGAGAAUCUGAAAGAUUGUGGGCUUUUCUAAUUAAUCUUUUUUCCUUCCAUUCUUGUUAAUGUAUG